AUGUCCGGAGCCGCAAAGAGGGUAGCGACAUCAUCAGUGAACUGGGGAAAGCUCGCUGAGCGCUUGGUGCCAGAGCACUCUGCCGAGCUCACCCGCGUCAAGGGAGUCAGCGGAACGUUCCAGUCCGCCGUCAGCCAGCUCCCAGCCGAUCUUCCAAAGAUUGACUUCGCCGCCUUGAAGAAGGCCCUUCCAGCUCACUCCGCUGUUCUCGAUUCUCUCCAAAAGCAGUAUGAGGCUGUCAAGAUCCCAUACGGAGAGGUUCCAGCCGAUUACUUGAAGGAGGUUGACCAAUGGGUUGAGUACAACAAUGCCCGUAUCAAGCUUCAUGACGUCAAGGUUGCUGACGGACUCCAAGAGGCCAAGAAGGUCGAGGAGAAGUGGGCCAAGGCUCCACCAGUUGAGCACUUCGAUCGCCAACACUUUGUCGAAUAUUUCCCAGCUCAUUUCUAUGAUCUUCGCUACCAAAACAGAAUUCCUGACCCAUGCAACAUCGGACUCAACGAAACUCCGGAGAUUGAGAACAGAUUCAAGGACUACAAGGUUCUCCGACGUGCCGAUAAGGUCGACGACCAUUAA